AUGCAAAUGGUAACACCAUCUGCCGAAGGAAUGCCUACGGGCAAAAGAUCGCCUGCAGACGCUGCGUUGAGAACCAUCGGUCCUCAAAUUGCCUGCCUUCACACGACGAUUAACAGUUUUGAAGAGGAUGUCAGAGUAAUUGAUGGUGUGGGACGAAAGAAGGGGAGCAAGAACCGCCCCAAGGGUGAUCAGCAGGCCAAACACAAGGUCAUGAAGCCCAGUCGUUCUCAAAACGGCAACCAAGCCCAAUUAUCUCCUCAGCUGAUGGCCCAGCUGGAGGACAUGGCGCAGGAGCAGUCUGCCACCAACUCUCAGGCUGCUCAUCAGCCUGUCCUAGCUGGGAUGUUUCUGCAGCAGGGCGCACUUGGGGCUCUGCCUCAAGUGCAUCAUGCUUAUCCUGAGGCUGUAGGAAACAACAUGUACGUCCAGAAUCCGUCGUACAUUGGUCAGCCUGCACCUGGAAUGGUUGCUCGGCCCUCAAUGCAUGAUGCCAACAACUGGGGCGCUGUUGUCCAGCCCAUGGUCAACCACCAGGUGCAGAUGACUCCUUUGCAGGUUAAUGUCAACUGGAACAAUUGGCAUUGGGCUGGAUUAGGGCAGCAGCAGGAAGCUGGAUUGCAGGGCAUGAAUGUUGCCCCCCAACAAUGGGGGCACAAUCCCUACAAUGGCGCCGCCAUGGGCGAGGGUGGAGCCAUGCUUCCUGGGUAG